AUGUGUGUAGGUGUGUGUAGUAGAGUGAGACUUGGGUGCAAAAUACUGCCUCUGCGAAUCAACCAUACUAGGCAUCUGAAGAUGAUUCCAAAGCCAACAGGGCUUACAAAAUGUCGACUAAUACGAAAUUGGACCACGUGCCAUUUCAAGAACAUAUACAGACACAACCAAACGAAAAUCCAACCUGAUAAUACCCAGUAUCUCGACAAAGAAGCCCGUCUCAAGUCCAUUGAAGAACGGAUCUCCAAGAUCCCAUUGUCCAACUUCAGAAACUUCAGCAUCGUCGCACAUGUAGACCACGGCAAAUCGACGCUUUCGGACAGGCUUCUAGAACUCACCGGCGUGAUCAAACCGGGCGACGCCAACAAACAGGUCUUGGACAAGUUAGAUGUUGAAAGAGAAAGAGGAAUCACCGUCAAAGCGCAGACAUGCUCCAUGUUCUACCAAGACCCGCACACCAAGGAAGACUAUCUCUUGCAUUUGGUCGAUACCCCUGGCCACGUUGAUUUCCGUGCAGAGGUGUCCCGGUCGUAUGCUUCCUGUGGAGGUGCUUUGCUUCUCGUAGAUGCUUCUCAGGGUGUGCAAGCCCAGACCGUGGCCAACUUUUAUUUGGCGUACAGUAUGGGGCUCAAGUUGAUUCCUGUUAUCAAUAAAAUCGACAUGGCGGCUGCUGAUAUUCCGCGCGCAGUUGAACAAGUAGAGUCGACCUUUGAGCUAGAUCCAAAGGACUGUUUGCCUGUCAGUGCGAAAACAGGCCUCAAUGUGGAAACUAUUAUCCCCAAGAUCAUCACAGAUAUACCUCCGCCAACUGGAGAUCCUGAUAGUCCGCUCAAAGCGUUGCUCGUAGAUUCAUGGCAUGAUCCAUAUGUAGGGGUGGUGAUGCUUGUCUUUGUCGUGGAUGGACACAUCAAGAAAGGAAUGAAGCUUCUUUCAGCCCACACAAGCAGAAAAUAUGACGUGAAGGAGGUCGGAAUCAUGUACCCUGAUAAAACACCCAUGUCCAAGGUACUGGCGGGCCAGGUAGCAUACGUAAUUCCCGGAAUGAGAGAUCCUAGAGAGGCCAUGAUCGGCGACACAUUCUAUCAGAAUGGACAUCAUGCUGGUCUCGAGCCACUUCCAGGUUUCGAGGAGCCAAAACCAAUGGUGUUCGUGGGUGCUUAUCCCGCCGAUGGUGGGGAGUUCAAAGUGAUGAACGACCACAUGGAGAAUUUGGUUUUGAACGAUAGGUCAGUCACUUUGGAAAAGGAAACUUCUAAUGCGUUGGGACUCGGAUGGAGACUCGGCUUUUUGGGUUCCUUGCAUGCUUCUGUCUUCAAGGAGCGUCUUGAAAAAGAAUACGGCGCAAAGAUUAUUUUAACAGCCCCAACGGUUCCUUACAAGAUUGUCAACCUCGAUGGUACUUCAAAGAUUGUCACAAAUCCAGACGAAUUUCCUGGCGCUGACGGUAAAUUCAACCAGGUUGAAAUGUUCAUGGAGCCUUUUGUCGAGGCUAUCAUGACUAUUCCAGACGAGUAUAUUGGGACCGUCAUGUCUUUGUGUGAUAAUAAUCGUGGUGUCAGAAAAGACAUGGAGUAUUUGACAACAGGACAAGUGCUCCUCAAGUACGAGCUCCCCAUGGCGCAGCUUGUUGAGGACUUUUUUGGAAAAUUGAAAGGUGCCACCAAAGGCUAUGCUUCUUUGGACUACGAAGAUGCAGGGUAUCAAAAAUCUGACAUUGUCAAGAUGGAGCUUUGUGUCAAUGGCAUUCCUCAAGAUGCAUUGUCCCAAGUCAUGCAUCGAUCUCAGGUUGCCACGAGAGCAAGAGAAGGUGUGAUCAAAUUUAGAGAGUACUUGAAGUCACAGCUUUUUGAGGUUGCUGUCCAAGCGAAGGUCAAUAAUAAGGUGGUAGCUCGUGAAACUAUCAAGGCUCGUAGAAAGGAUGUGACCCAAAGACUUCACGCUGCAGACAUAUCGAGAAGAAAGAAAUUAUUGGAGAAGCAAAAGGAAGGUAAGAAGGCAAUGAAGGCUACUGGUAGAGUCAACAUUGGCCAUGAUGCCUUCCAGUCAUUUUUACGUCGUAAUGAUUAG